GCAUACUGGUUACCAUGGAAGCUGCAUACUGUUUCUUAUCUUCUGAUAAUUUUUUUGUUGAUUUGACAUAUGUGUUUCUUCAUUUUUGGUGCCAUUGUUUGAUUUAUUCAUAUUGUUUUCUGAAUGGCUUUAAUAAAAGAGGAAUUUGUUAUAUCUUUGCAGUUUUGUACUGCAAACAACCUACUCUUAUCAGUGCUGUCAAAUGGUAGCUCUAUAUAUAGCCCUAUAGUGUAGCAAAAUUUGAACAAAUCAUCAUCGUUUCUCGAUAUGCUGUUUAGUACAAAGUGCUGUCAAAUAGUGUUGCUAUAGUACAAUAGGGUAUCAUAAUUUGAACAAACUGCUAAUUUUUGCAAUUCCUGCUUAACAACACUGCCCAAAUUCCUAUAUCUUCUAAUAACUAUGUAUUUGCAUGAAACUCAAUUUCAAAGUAAUGCUCAAACUAUGGAGUCUGGAUAACUCUUUCAAUGUCUUUGAUUCUCGUUUCGAGGACUUCCUUUGUUCAUACGAUAUGAGGGCUGUCACUUCUUUUGGCAGCUCAAUUCAUGUAUCCAAAUUUGAAUUUCACCUUGUUCUCGAAAUGGAGAAGUGGAUAGCUUUCACUUGGGACAUUUUUCAUUUUUAGCAAUAUGCCUGUACAUAUUUAGAUCACUGGUAAACAAACUAGACAGUCAUACUCAUAUGUUGCGUUUUCGCUAGAGGCCUAUGUAGGCGAUGACGUGUAGUAGAGUGUUGCGGCUGAACAUCAAAAUCAAAAUGCUAUAGUAGUAUAGCGGAUAGUUGUAUGACUGCUAUGUCAAAGUUUUGCAAAACACUACAAGAAAUUUAUGUCAUUUACCUAAAAGCUACAAAAGUAGAAUACACAACAUUAAAGACAUAAUUCUAUAACUAAUAAUCCAAGUUCAUAUUCAAACUAUAUAAAUCAAAUAAGUUAUACUAUCUCUUGUCAAUAAAAGUUAUUAAAUUGCAUUUAAAUCAACGGUCAUGUUUCUCAAACACACACAAUCUGAAAUGAACCCUAUGCAAUUUUCAACUUUUAUAAUUUUUUUUUUAUCUUUUCAGUUUUAACACGUUACACAUUAAAGUUUAUUAUAAAAUCCGAUACUACCAAGAUUUUUGUGUGUCUAAAUAACACGCCACUUGUUGGAGAAUCAGAUUGUAUAUCUUCAUAUUUCUUUUUUUUUUCUUCCUAAAAAAAGAAAAUUACAAGGUUAGAUUUAAAAAAAGAACAGAAAGAUGCCACGUGUCAAGUAACGCGCCUUUUCUUCUUGGCUUGUUUCUGAUUUCCCGCGCUGACCGUUACACUCAUCUCUUCCAACACAAGACCGCUUCUCUCUCUCUCUCUCUGUAACAGUAAACUGUCACUGUGUAACUUUUUUUUUUUGAAACUGCAAUAAAUUUAUUGAUAAAAUCUCCACCUAAACACAAGUAGUGUUUGGUGAGAAAAAGUCAGAGUACAAAAAGUGGCAUAUAGGAUGCGCAAGGCUAGCAACAGAAACAACAAGAAAAGCUCAACAAGAGAGCCAAAAAAAGCAACAAAACCACAGCCACAAUACAGAGAAACGAAAAACACCUAUAUAAUAGCAAUAGUAACACCAAACCCCAUCCUACCAACACAACAAGUAGUCACCUAUUGAAGCAAUCAAAAGGACUCCAAUUCCAUUCAUAGAGAAGGCAUGGCCCAGAUGCCAUUCUACUGAUGAACCAUUUCCAAGACACUAAUUUAAUUUGAUCCACCAUCUCUUCAAUAUUCACCACUUUGUUAUUGAAGACACAAUCAUUUCUAUGCUUCCAAAUUACCCACAUGAAUGAGUUCCAAACAAGAAUUAAUCCAGCCUUUGCUCUUUUACCUUUGGCGCAACCUACUAACAUAGCAAACGAAAUCGCAAGGCUUGGAGGAAUAAUUAUUAUAAGCCCCAACCAUCUCAUAAUUCCAUACCAGACCUUCGCAGGACACCGACAAUGUAGAAACAAAUGUGUCGAAGUUUCCACAGCUGAGCCAUGCAAAACACAGUUCACAUGUUGUUCCUGUAACAUAUGUCGCCUCAACAAAUUAUCUUUAGUUUGAAUCCUAUUGAGUAGCAAUUGCCAAGAAAACGCACAUACCUUUGACGGGGCAGCAGACUUCCAAAUAUUGGAGAAGACAAAUUCAUGAAGAGGCUCACUAAUAGACACUGCACUGGAAUUUUGACUCAACAACAAAUAACAGGAUUUCACAGAGAAACCAUCAUCAACACUAGCCUUCCAUACCCAUCUCUUCCAACACUGUAACUAACCAACCACCAUUCACCAACAGAAUCCUAACCUCCACACUUUUCCCAAAUCCCAAUGAUAUGCCAACCACUCACCGCCACAAUGCCGAACUCCAAUCCUACAACAUCAUCCCACUCAACGACCUCAACUCCGACCACCCUUCCCUCCGUUUCCCUGAAGUCCGUGCCGCACUCUCCGCCAUCCGCACCGUCGGAGACCUCCGCCGUCCUCCUAAAUGGCAACCUCACAUGGACCUCCUCGAUUGGCUCGCUCUUUUCUUCGGCUUCCAAAACGACAACGUUCUCAAUCAACGCGAACACCUUCUCCUUCAUCUCGCCAAUGCUCAGAUGCGUCUCAAUCCUUCACCAGACAACAUCGAUUCUCUCGAUUCCACCGUCCUCCGCUCCUUCCGGAAAAAUCUCCUAAAAAAUUACACUAAAUGGUGCUCUUACCUCGGCGUUAAACCUAGCGUCUGGCUUUCCGGUCGCUCCGGUUCUAACUGCGAUCACCGAAGAGAACUCCUCUAUGUUUCUCUAUAUCUUCUGAUUUGGGGAGAAUCUGCAAAUCUAAGAUUCAUUCCUGAAUGUAUUUGCUACAUUUUCCAUCACAUGGCAAUUGACCUUAACAAACUAUUGCAGAAUCAGCCGGAUAACCGUUACGGUUACGAUGACGAGCUGCCGUUUUGUUUGCAAGACGGUUUUCUAGACAGUGUUGUGAAGCCUAUUUAUCAAAUGGUGCGAUUCGAGGCUGAGAUUAGUAGUGGUAAUGGAAAAGAACCGCAUUCGAAAUGGAGAAAUUAUGAUGAUAUAAAUGAGUAUUUUUGGACUAAGAGGUGUUUUUAUAGGCUUAAAUGGCCUAUUGAUGCUGGGAGUAGUUUCUUCGUUGGAAAGCGCGUUGGGAAAACCGGUUAUGUUGAACGGAGGUCGUUUUGGAACUUGUUUAGGAGUUUUGAUAGGCUUUGGGUGAUGCUGAUUUUGUUUCUUCAAGCUGCUGUUAUUGUUGGUUGGAAAGAUAGGACUUAUCCUUGGCAUGUGGUGAUGAAGGAUCGCGAUGUGCAGGUUCGGCUUUUAACUAUUUUCUUCACUUGGAGUGGUUUAAGGUUUAUUCAAUCUGUGCUUGAUAUAGUUAUGCAGUGGAGGUUAGUUUCAAGGGAGACAAAGAUGCUUGGAUUUAGGAUGGUGUUGAAAAGUAUCGUUUCUGCGGCAUGGAUAGUUGUUUUUUCUUACUUUUAUGCCAAGACAUUGAGUCGGAGGAACCGUGAUCAUGAAUGGUCUGUUGAAGCAAAUAAGAGGUUGAUGUUUUUUCUUGAGAUUUGCUUUGUUUUUGUUAUUCCAGAGCUUCUUGCUUUUGCCCUUUUCAUACUUCCUUGGGUUAGAAAUUUUAUGGAGAAUAGGAAUUGGUGGCUUUUUUAUAUGCUAUCCUGGUGGUUUCAGGGGAGCAUUUAUGUUGGUCGUGGAAUGAGUCAGGGUCUUGUAGAUAAUGUUAAGUAUACUUUAUUUUGGGCUGUGGUGUUGGUCUCAAAAUUUAGUUUCAGUUACUUUUUACAGAUUCUACCCAUGAUGGCUCCAUCAAGGGCAGUGUUGGAUCUUAAGGAUGUCGAAUAUCAGUGGCAUGAGUUUUUUAAAAAUGGUAAUGUUUUUGCUCUUGGGAUACUCUGGAUCCCGGUUGUUUUGAUUUAUUUAAUGGAUAUUCAGAUAUGGUAUUCGAUAUAUUCGUCUCUGGUUGGGGCGACGGUGGGUUUGUUUGCACAUUUGGGCGAGAUUCGAAGUAUGGAACAGCUGAAGUUGCGGUUUCAGUUUUUUGCCACUGCAGUUCUUUUUAAUUUAAUGCCAGAGGAGCAGUUGUUGAAUGCAAGGGGAACGUUGAGUAGCAAGUUGAGGGAUGCAGUUCGUAGGAUGAAGCUCAGGUAUGGAUUCGGUAAGCCUUUUAAGAAGCUUGAGUCUAACCAAGCUGAGGCCAAAAAAUUUGCUAUACUUUGGAACGAGAUAAUUUUGUCAUUUAGAGAGGAGGAUAUCAUUUCUGAUAAAGAGGUUGAGCUGCUGGAGCUGCCAAACAAUGCUUGGAAUGUCAAGGUUAUUCGUUGGCCGUGUUUUCUUCUCUGCAAUGAGUUGCUACUGGCAUUAAGUCAGGCUAAAGAACUUGUUGAUUCUCCCGAUAAGAGGCUUUGGAGAAAGAUAUGUAAGUAUGAGUUCAGGCGAUGUGCUGUGGUUGAAGCAUAUGAUUGUAUCAGAUACCUGUUUCGAGAGAUUAUCAGACCUGAUAGUGAAGAGCAUUCUAUUGUGACUGCUUUGUUUCAAGAAAUUGAUCAUUCACUUGAGAUUGGGAAAUUCACUAAAGUAUUCAAAACUACCGCACUUCCCCAGAUCCACACCAAGUUGAUAAAACUAAUUGAAUUGUUAAACAAGGAAGAAAAAGAUACUAACCAAUUGGUGAACACCCUUCAGGCCCUUUAUGAGAUUUCUAUCCGAGAUUUUUUGAAGGAGAAAAGGACUAAUGAACAGCUAAAGGAGGAUGGUUUGGCUCUACAAAAUCCAUCUCCUGAGGUUCUACUUUUUGAAAAUGCCAUUCAGUUUACUGAUACUAUGAAUGAGAACUUUUAUCACCAGCUUCGACGCUUGCAUACUAUUCUUACCUCCAGGGAUUCAAUGCAAAACAUUCCAAUUAAUCUUGAAGCUAGACGGAGAAUUGCUUUCUUCAGUAACUCACUUUUUAUGAGCAUGCCCCAUGCUCCUCAAAUUGAGAAAAUGAUGGCUUUUAGUGUCUUAACCCCUUACUAUAGUGAAGAAGUAGUUUACAGUAAAGAACAGCUCAGAACUUGGAAUGAAGAUGGGAUCUCAAUUCUAUACUAUUUACAGACUAUAUAUGAUGAUGAGUGGAAGAAUUUUAUGGAGAGAAUGCGACGAGAGGGGAUGAUGAAAGACAGUGAUAUAUGGUCAGAUAAGCUAACAGAAUUAAGGUCCUGGGCAUCCUAUAGAGGCCAGACCCUAUCGCGGACGGUUAGAGGAAUGAUGUACUACUAUAAGGCCCUCAAACUUUUGGCUUUUCUAGAUUCUGCAUCAGAAGUAGAGAUCAAAGAAGGCUCACGUGAACUUGUUUCAUCGAAUCAAGAUAGGUCAGAGGGUUUCAACUUGCAGAGGUCACCAUCUUUUGGAGCAAGCAGUUCAGUAAGUUUGUUCAAUGGCCAUGACUACGGAACUGCUUUAAUGAAAUUUACAUAUGUGAUUGCUUGCCAGAUAUAUGGAACUCAGAAGGCAAGAAAGGAUCCUCAUGCUGAUGAAAUUUUGUAUUUAAUGAAAAACAAUGAAGCUCUAAGAGUUGCCUAUGUUGAUGAGGUUCGCACAGGGAGGAGUGGGAAGGAGUAUUAUUCUGUUCUUGUCAAGUACGAUCAACAAUUGGAGAGGGAGGUGGAAAUUUACCGAGUAAAAUUGCCAGGUCCCUUAAAACUAGGAGAAGGAAAGCCAGAAAAUCAAAAUCAUGCCAUCAUCUUCACACGUGGGGAUGCAAUUCAAACUAUUGAUAUGAACCAGGACAACUACUUCGAGGAGGCACUUAAAAUGAGAAAUCUAUUGGAAGAAUUCAAGCAUUACUAUGGUAUUCGAAAACCAACUAUUUUGGGAGUGAGGGAACAUAUUUUUACAGGUUUCGUUUCAUCUCUUGCUUGGUUCAUGUCAGCUCAGGAAUCAAGUUUUGUCACCUUAGGACAGAGGGUUUUGGCAAAUCCAUUGAAAAUUCGAAUGCAUUAUGGCCAUCCUGAUGUGUUUGACAGGUUUUGGUUCAUAACUAGAGGCGGUAUCAGUAAAGCUUCCAGAGUCAUCAACAUAAGCGAAGACAUUUUUGCCGGUUUUAACUGUACUCUUCGUGGAGGUAAUAUCACACAUCAUGAAUACAUUCAGGUUGGAAAAGGUAGGGAUGUUGGGUUGAAUCAAAUAUCAAUGUUUGAAGCGAAAGUUGCCAGUGGAAACGGGGAGCAAGUACUGAGCAGAGAUGUAUAUAGAUUGGGUCAUAGACUGGAUUUUUUCAGGAUGCUGUCAUUCUUCUACACCACAGUGGGAUUCUUUUUCAACACAAUGAUGGUGGUUCUUACUGUUUAUGCAUUUCUAUGGGGUCGAUUAAUGCUUGCUCUUAGUGGUGUUGAAGCUGCUAUGGAAAGUAACAGCAAUAGUAAUAAAGCACUUAGUAUAAUAUUGAAUCAGCAGUUCAUAGUCCAAAUUGGACUUUUCACUGCCCUUCCAAUGAUUGUGGAGAAUUCCCUUGAACAAGGGUUCCUUCAAGCUGUCUGGGAAUUUUUGACAAUGCAGCUCCAACUUGCAUCAGUUUUCUACACUUUCUCCAUGGGUACACGCACCCAUUUCUUUGGCCGGACAAUCCUACAUGGUGGUGCAAAAUAUCGAGCAACUGGUCGCGGUUUUGUUGUAGAGCACAAGAGUUUUGCAGAAAAUUAUAGACUCUAUGCUCGUAGCCAUUUUGUGAAAGCAAUUGAGUUAGGGUUAAUAUUACUAAUUUAUGCAGCACACAGUGUUGUAUCAACUAACACAUUUGUCUAUCUAGCCAUGACCAUCUCUAGUUGGUUCUUGGUUGCAUCAUGGAUUAUGGCACCCUUUGUGUUCAAUCCUUCUGGUUUUGACUGGUUAAAAACUGUGUAUGAUUUUGACAACUUUAUGAAAUGGAUUUGGUACCGUGGAGGGGUGUUUGCUAAAGCUGAAGAGAGCUGGGAAAAGUGGUGGUAUGAAGAGCAAGAUCAUCUAAAGGUAACUGGUUUUUGGGGAAAGUUUAUGGAGAUUGUUUUAGACCUUCGUUUCUUUGUCUUCCAGUAUGGUAUUGUCUAUCAGCUAGACAUAGCUGCAGGAAGUACCAGUAUUGCAGUUUACUUGCUAUCAUGGAUUUAUGUAUUCGCCGUGUUUGGGAUUUAUGUGGUGGUAGCAUAUGCCAGGAAUAAAUAUGAAGCCAAAAAUCAUGUCUAUUAUAGGUUGAUCCAGUCAAUUGUCAUAGUUCUUGCUAUACUUGUGAUAGUUGUUCUGUUGGAAUUCACUGAAUUCAAAUUCAUGGACCUUUUUACUAGCUUGUUAGCAUUCAUUCCUACAGGCUGGGGUAUGUUAUUGAUUGCUCAAGUAUUUAGGCCAGCUUUGCAGCACACUAUAAUUUGGUAUGUCGUUGUUUCAUUGGCUCGUCUAUACGAUAUAUUAUUUGGAAUCAUUGUUAUGGCUCCUGUUGCAAUACUAUCAUGGUUGCCUGGGUUUCAAGCUAUGCAAACCAGAAUUCUCUUCAACGAAGCAUUCAGUAGGGGCCUUCGGAUAACCCAGAUGGUUACAGGAAAAAAAUCUCAAAAGUUAAAUUAAUUCAAUGUAAUUUUUAUUCAUUUGUUAUAUGAGCAUAGUUGUUUCUUGCAUGCCAAUCUAUUAUUAACAGAGAAGUUUUACAAGAUCACUAUCUAUUUUUCCAACUCUUGAAUGAAAGACAGACAUUGAGUUUUUUAAUUCACAUUAUUACGAUUUACGACACAAAUCAUAUGCUUGUUGUUACCUUAUCAGAAUUUGUGUCUUGUUUUUUUUUAGUAUUUAGCUGACAGUUGGUUGUUGAUAAUAAUGAUUCUAUCUUUUAUGAGCCACUGUGCGACUUGUGCAUAAGAUAUUAUGUGCCAUCUGGAAUUGUGGUCCUCUUUCUCUGUUAGCUUGUUGCCUUACUUUAAGUAUUUGCUAAAAAGGUGAACACUCCGCCACUCCGAUACACAUCUUAUUUGGACAUAUACCAGUACACUGUUGAGGUGGACAAUUCUAAUAGGUCCACAAAUAGUGUUUAAUAUAGAAAAAUUAAUAAACACUAUUUGUGAACCUAUCACAAUUGUUCACCUCAACAAUGUACUAUACGUAUGAGUAAAAUUGUGGAAUUUGUAAAUCAGUAAAAUUGUGGAAUUUGCAUGUUGUUGAUAGGUUUAUGAUUUGUGUUAAUUGACAUUAUGAGUCUAUUUGCUUCCAAUUGUGGCAUAGUCUCUGCAAGUGAAAUAUGAACAACAGGAAAAAGGGCAUAUUUGGAAGCUGAGCCUAAUCAGAAGAAUGGAAAAAUUAUUACUCCUUCAGUGCAUGCCAUGUGCCCACUUGUUGAUGCUGCAUAUAAUUAAGUUGUAUCUGGCUUGCAUUUUGUCAUGUUUUGUUUCAGUGUCAGACAAAAGCCGCGGACUUCAAUAUUGAUAUCGAUUUAUAGUAUUAAAUAAUAAUUCAUCUGUAGGUCGUGCACCUCGUGCAUUGGCAGUAUCAUAUACAUAUCAACCACUUAUGCAAUAUGCAAUAUCAUAUACACUAGUACCGAUUUGUAUCCUCUUCAUCACUCCCUUCUAUAUCUCUCUUCUUCCUCUUUAUCUCUCUCUUAAUCUCAUUCUCUCUCAUGAUUAUUUUUAAACUUUUUAUUGAAGAGAUAGAUUGAAAUUAAGAGAUAUAGAGAAGAGUGAAGGAGAGGAUUCAAUUUCCACUUAUAUACUAUGGACCAGGAUCAACCAUUGUACAAUAUUCACACUGUUUCACACACUAAUAAAUUUGGACUGUUUCUUUAAGAUUGAACUGUCUAGAUCAUUCACACAAUAAAACAAUCUCAACUGUCUAUUCAAAUCGGAUAGUUCUGAGUUGUAAUUGCGUCACACAGUUACAACAGAAAAUUCAAUUCCCUUAUACUGCUACGCUUUAAAAUAUGUUUGAUCGUAAGAAAGAACAUGAAACCGGUGAAAGAUUAUUGUAAGAAAUACAGUUUCUCCAUGUGCGAAGCGUGAUUCUAUAACACCUUCAACUCAAUAAUGAUUCACUAGUCUCAUUCAUCGCUUUUUCACACUUCAUUUUUCAUUCUCACUACGAUGGAGCCUUUGCUACGUACGAGGCGAAACUAGUGGCUUAAGAAACCGUUCGCUCGCGAGGGAAAGUUCAUCAUCGCACCGAUGCUAUCACCUACGGUUCCAACUACGAGAAAGCCGCAGCACUCAUCCAUGAUCUGGAUAUUUUUAUUUGUUAUCAUCAACUCAAACUCGGCAUUAUCACAGUCUAACUGAAGGUGAUGAAAAAGAAUUGGAGCAAUGACAAUCCUUCUAUAGUGCACAGGUGUUCACAUGGAGACUAAUUCAAGGAAGGAUUAUAUAACAAUGGAUGAAUUACAAAGAAGGGGGUGAUUAUUUCUAUUCACGAAUGGCUUGUGUUUGGCUUUUCCCACAACAAGACUUAUAGACAUUUGUCCAUUUGAAUUUUGCCUUUAAUGUGUUAGGUUCAGUUUACAAUUGGAUGCGAUAUCUGGUUUGUACACAUUUUCUACUGCACAUUAUCUCAGCCUCUAAAAGUAUAAUUCAUUAUCACAUUCAUCAAUGAAUAGAUCAAAAUUGCAAGCACAUCCACAAAUGCCUCUUUUAAUAGUCAUUUAAAUUCUCAAAUAUAUUUUUAGGCAGUUGAUUUAGUUCUCAAAUGUACGACGUUUUAUGUUUUUUGUUUGUUUAGUCCUUAGAGAAUUUAUAAUGUUUAAUGGGUUGAAUACCACUUAGAUUCCAAUGAAAUACUAAAAUUCAUC